UCCGCCUCUCUCGUCGGCUGUCAAUUCUCUGACUCAUUUCGAGCACUCUGUGUGUCUACAUGGUCGUUUUCGGCUAAACAGAGAAAAAGAAAAUUGGUACAGUCAACAUUAAAUUAAUCCUUGAAGCUGCAGGCUUUGAUGUGGUAGAGCUAAUAAGCUUCUUUUUAUGCAAGCGAUGAAAGAUAUGUUUUGGGGUUGUAUGUGUGGAAAUCCCACACUAGGAUAUUAAUCAAGAUCCUGAUUAUGCCCAAAUGAUGAAAAUUUUAAUGGUCACAACCCUAUCGGGAUAGGUGAAAAAGGGAACUUGAGCAUAUCUCUUUCGCGAUACUUGUCUUUUUUGCUUACAACAUCAUCAUGACGUUCGCCAUUCCUGCUGUUAUCCGUAAGUCCACUGCCUCCGCUGGUGCUGCCUUGUUGGCUCGCCCCGUUAUGAGCAAAGCCUGCUACUCUACCGGAGACUCUCGCAUUCAGGUCGAGAACCCGGUCGUCGACCUUGACGGUGACGAAAUGACCCGCAUUAUCUGGCGCGACAUUAAAGAAAAGCUCAUUUUACCUAAUGUCAAUUUGGAUAUCAAGUACUAUGACCUCGGCAUGGAAAACCGUGAUGCUACUGAUGACCAAGUUACUAUUGAUGCUGCUCACGCCAUUAAGAAAUACAACGUCGGUAUUAAGUGUGCUACUAUCACUCCUGAUGAAGCUCGUGUGGAAGAGUUCAAGCUCAAGAAGAUGUGGAAGUCGCCCAAUGGUACUAUCCGUAACAUCUUGAACGGCACUGUUUUCCGCGAGCCUAUCAUCAUUAACAAUAUCCCCCGCAUUGUCCCCGGCUGGAAGGAACCCAUUGUCAUUGGUCGUCAUGCUUUCGGUGAUCAGUACCGCUCUACCGACUUCGUGGUCAACCGCCCCGGCAAGUUUGAGAUGACAUUCACACCUGAUGAUGGCACCGAGGUCCAAAAAUGGAAAAUUUACGACUUCCCCGAGAACGGUGGUGUUGGUAUGGCCAUGUAUAAUACCGACGAUUCUAUUCGUGGAUUUGCCCACAGCUGCUUCAAGAUGGCUCUCACCAAGCAAAUGCCUCUUUACAUGAGCACCAAGAACACGAUUCUCAAGAAGUACGAUGGUCGAUUCAAGGAUAUCUUCCAGGAAAUCUACGAACAGGAAUACCGUUCUGAAUUCGAAAAAUCCAAGCUGUGGUAUGAGCAUCGUUUGAUCGAUGAUAUGGUUGCCCAGGCUUUAAAAUCCAAGGGCGGCUUUGUUUGGGCUUGCAAGAACUACGACGGUGAUGUGCAAUCUGAUAUCCUUGCUCAGGGCUAUGGUUCCCUUGGUUUGAUGACCUCGGUGUUGAUCACUCCUGAUGGCAAGACCAUGGAAGCUGAAGCGGCUCACGGCACCGUGACGCGUCAUUACCGCGAACACCAAAAGGGUAACCCUACUUCGACCAACCCCAUCGCGUCCAUCUUUGCCUGGUCCCGUGGUCUCGCUCACCGUGCUCGUCUCGAUAACAAUGAGGCCUUGAGCAAGUUCUCCUUGGAGCUUGAAAAAGCAUGCGUCGAUACUGUCCAAAACAACAUUAUGACCAAGGAUCUUGCGUUGGCUAUUCACGGCAAAGAUCUUCGUCCUGAACACUACGCAACCACUGGAGAGUUUAUGGAACAGGUGAACGAGACUCUCAACAAAAUUAGAUCUCAGUAAGACAAGAUAGGCCACCAUUCCAUAGAAAGCAAAAAUAAAUAGCCAAAUGUAAAGUAAGGAUUCAUGUAUCACUUGCAAGAAAUUGUCACCAGUCUUUCCAACUGCAGAAAAAUGAGUCUGAUUUGUGGUAAGAAAAAAAUCCUAAAUUUGCAUGGGAAAUUAUCUAGCUCGCAUUUGCGCGACCAGUAUGCGGAAAUACGAAAGUAGUGAUUGGUUUUUAUGGAUAACAAGCCGUACACCCGCUGUGCAAUGGAUGCCGCCUGCCAACGGAGGCCGCCCUCUUACAUUGAGCGACUUUCGUCAGAC